UUUUUUAUUUUUUUUAUUUUUUUUACCGAAUUCGAUUUAAACUAAAUAAAAUAAUUUGGCUCUUCUUCUUGUGGUUACUUUUUUUUGCCAGCCCUCCUGGUCUAUCUAUCUCGAGACUUUGAAAGCUUUAAAGUGUCACGAAACGGUGGGAUUGAAGUCGAGUGCACGAAGCGCUGGCAUAGACCUCCUCCACCGCCGUCGCGAUGGAAGGGAGCGUCGAGCAGGGUGGCCGGUGGCUCGGACACCCGCACGGGCCCUCUGCGACGCUCGCCCCGGGCCAGCACCACCACCACCACGGCCACCACCACGGCGUGGAGUCCAACCUAGGCCACGGCGGCUACGGGCCUGAGUCCGGGGCGGCCGGGCAGCUCAUGCCGGCCGACGAGUUGGACGCCUUCCUCAACCACCUGGACGGCCCCGGGGCCCCCGUGCAGGGGCCCUACUACGUCGCGGGGCCCGGCGCUCGCCUCCACGGCUACCGGCAGGCCCACGGUGCCCAGGUAUGCCGUCCGCACCUGCUCGCUAGCCACCCGGCGCUGCCCUGGCUCGACAGCGGCAAGGCUCUGGGCGGGCACGCCUCUCACGGCCCGCCGGCGUGGGCCCUCCACCACGCGGCCCAAGCGGCUCACGCGGCCCACGCGGCCCACCAGGCCCACCACCACCAGCACCACCACCACCACCCCGGCGGACCGGUGAGCGCGCCGUACCACGCGGCAAGCCCCGCGGCCCACCACCAUCUCUUCGGCUUCCCGCCCACGCCGCCCAAGGACCCCGGGACGCCGGAGGCAGCGCCGGGGCAGGAGAAGGACGGCGGCGGCGGUGGCGGCGGCGGCGGUGGCGGCGGUGGCGGCCAGAAGGGCGUCCACUUUGGCCUCAUGACGGCUGCCGAACAGCAGGGAAUGAAGAUGGAGAACUGCAGCCCGUCGCGGGGAGGGGAGCAGAGCGGCGGUGGAGGCGGUGGAAGCGUGCCAGCCACCACGACGCACCACCCCAUCCCCAUGUACCCGCCGUACCUGGGCGCUGGCGGGCAGGAUUACGGGCCGGCCCUCUACUCGCACGCCGGCCUCCUUGGCAGCUCCAACUCCAGCUUCACGCCCAAGCACAAGAACAAGGCCCGCACGGCCACAGAGGGCCGCGAGUGCGUCAACUGUGGCGCGACCUCGACGCCGCUGUGGCGCCGGGAUGGCACGGGCCACUACCUGUGCAACGCGUGCGGCCUCUACCACAAGAUGAACGGCCAGAACCGGCCCCUCAUCAAGCCCAAGCGCCGCCUGUCCGCGGCGCGGCGGGCAGGGACCUCGUGCGCCAACUGCCAGACGACCAUCACGACGCUGUGGAGGCGCAACGCGAGCGGGGACCCCGUGUGCAACGCCUGCGGCCUCUACUACAAACUCCACAAUAUAAACCGCCCGCUAACCAUGAAGAAGGAGGGCAUCCAGACCCGCAACCGCAAGAUGACGGGCAAGUCCAAGAAAAACCGCAAGGUGGUGUGCGAUGGGCUGGAGAACGACUACGCCAAGAGCUUCCACGACAAGCAGGGCCACUACGGCGCGCCGGCACUUGUCGGACCGCUCGGCACUCUGGGGCACCACCCGCUCAGCCCUUAUCCUGCCCACGUGAUCCCGGCGCACUCCUCCAUGCACCCGCCCGCGAGCCUGUCUUUCGGCUCGGCCCACCAUUCCAGCAUGGUGCCCGCCAUGUGCUAAGGCACCGGGCGAGGGCAACUGCUUCGCUUUCGUUGGGGGUUCGUUCGGGUAAUAGCCGUUUUGUUUUUCUUCUUUUUUUUGCUGUCGUUGUCAUCGUGUUUUUUUUAGGGUUCGCUAAUGCGCCCUUUUUACAUUUUAUUUUAUUCUUUUCACCCCCGCCCACCUUUUCGGAGUGGUAGGGUAAAAUUGUAAGCUCAAGUUUCUAAAGAUUUAAUUGAUUACAUGUUUCAGAAGGCUGGUAGCGAAUGACCAUGGGAAUGCAGCAGGGGGAGGUAUGGAGGGGAGGGGGGUGAUGAAAUAAUGGGAUGAGAAUGUACAUCCCCACUUUGUGGCAUCGUUUUUGUAAAGAUUGACAAUCUUAGUCUCAAAGUAACCGGACCACAGGUCACCUGGCUUGUCAAGUUGUCUCCAACACAGCUUGAGGAUUGACCACAAUCAUUUGCAAGGUGUUCUCGGGCUAUCGGUCAAAAACUUAAGGUGUCGACCAUACCAUAUACACACAGCUGCCAUCUGCCAGAUUGAACCCUAGGAUUUGGAGUCUCGUGAAAUCUCAAUGGACCAGAGUCUCGUGAAGUCUAAACGGAGAGGAGACUCAAUACGUUGAAACGGACUGAAGAUUCCUGAAAUCUUAAUGUGCCAGCGUCUCAUGAAGUCGACAUGGAGUUAGAGGCUCGUGAAGUCUAAAUGGACUGGAGCUAACAGACUGUGGACACAGACUUCUCGUGAGAUAAAGACCUGGAAGGAGUCCACUCUAAGCUCGCCUGUGCUGGCGUCUUAAAGACAAGAGUGAGUUUGUUCAAUCAACGACGGAGAGUUUGGAGCGGACGCGGAAGGCAUUAAAUGUGGCGACACAACCGGGUCGUGCCGCUCUUGUGUCCAAUGGCUGCCCACGCUGCUGUGAUUUGCGCAUUCAAGUCACUGUAAGUUUGCAUUCAGCAUUUUCGGGGGGGGGGGGGGGUUUCACGUAUGUUUGCUCCGUUAAUUUGUGUCACGACCUGCCUGUGGGUCUCCAUGUCAUCACCAGCGCUCUCCCACUCACAACCUUGCCAGUUGUUCACUCUGGGUUUUGGUUUAAAUCGCCAUGUCCACCAUUAUAUGUGGAGACGGUUUCAGAGUUAUUGUCUGCAGAAAAUUCUGGCUGUUUAUUGGUUUUUCUCCAGCGCAUUGCUUAGCUUCUUUAUUAUUGUUCCAAUAACACUUGCUCAAAAAAUUCAACUCGUCACAAGACUAUUCAUUAGAAGGUCCGCACGAACAAGGGGUUACAUCCUGGCGUGGCUUUUGUCACUUAAAAAUAAUCAAAUGGAAUAUUUUUCUUUUCAUAUCUACCUCCCAAUGGUGGGUUAUUCGUUUUAGUCUUUUUCACACGUUUACAAGGGACAAGCACGGCCACUGAAAUGCGACCCGCGUUCAUCGUGAAACGGUUUGACGUGAAAUCUGCUCGAGACGGAGCUCGCUGUGAGUGUGGCCACGCUGCGAUGUGGGUGCCCGUGACACACCGCGCGACUGGCAACCAAAGACGAGAUGACACACGAUGCCAACAUGGGCAACCAGUGCCAGGAAACAAAACAUCUCUUACGUGACGCACGAGUAAGACGGAUACAGAAAGAAAUAGAGAGAAAGAGAUGGAUAGAGAUGGCUUGGAUGAGAGAUGGGUACAGCGCGUAGAGCAAUAGAGAGACGGGUAGAGAAGAGAAAGAGAUGGGUAGAGCAGAGCAAAAGCAGAUAAUGCCUUUUUGAAAUUCACCCAAGAGGCACUCAGGUCACGUGUCAGGAAACGAGACUUUUGGCGUGUUUAGCUACACAGGGGGUCACCAUGCGUGAGUUGACGAGCACAUUUCCACGAGGCUGUGCUGGACACCGACUGAAGCCGUGCACUAAAUUUGGGGACAUUGCCAGUCACCGUCAUCGUGAUCAUGUGUCAGUCAUUGUCAGUCAUGGUCAAUCCACUGCUGGAUGAAGGCCUUACCCAAACCUCCGUCAGUCACCUCUCACGGUCACACGAUGUCCACCUCUUAAAUAGGUGAAUAUUUAUAAAUAAAACAAAAUUUUAAUACAAAGACAAAGAUCCCCCAUAUAGGCAGAACACGCUGUUAGGGCAAGUGCUGUUAGCAAACACCUAUUAUGGCCGGCACUGCACACAAGGGGGUGGGUGGCCAGCACGACGUCUGCCCGCCUUUGUCUCCCCAGUGGCGAUGUUUACACACUGCACCAGGUACUCAUUUGAGGCUGAGUCGACCUAGGGGAUGCCCAGGACUGCUACAGAUAUUCAUGAGCAAUGUUGGCCAUGGGCAGGAAUCGAUCUGCUCUGACCAUUCCACGAAUUCUCCCCACACAUUUUAACAAAGACAAAGAUCCCCCGUAUAGCCUGAACAGACUGUUGGGGCAAGUGCUGUUUAGGGAGCACCUAUUAAGGCCGGAACGGCACACGAAGAAGUGGAUGGUCAACACCACGCCCGGCCGCCUUUGUCUCCCUAGUGGCGAUGUUUACACACCGCAUCAGGUACUAAUUUGAGGCUGAGUCGACCUAGGGGGAGGCCCAUGACCGUUUCAUAUAAUCGUCACUGGUGUUGGCCGUGAGCGGGAAUCGAAACACAUGUUAACACAAACGCACACACGUGCUCGUCAAAAGAUAAAUUUCUCUCACUGGAGUUUAUAUAGCUGAAUACUGCAUAGAUAAAAAUAAUUAAAUAACCCAUCAACCUUUUAUUUUAUUUAUUUUACUUUGAUGACUGCAAACCCUCGGGCAGUCGAGGUGACUCGGGUUAUAUAAUGUACAUUUAAAAUGUCACCAUGAUACAAUGCCUUACUGUCAAGAGGAAAAAAUAUGUAUGAACGACACCAACUAAAAAAAUAUAAAUCCGCCUCCGGUAUAGUUCUGUACACUCCAGUCAGCGGGCCACUUAAGCGGAGACAUUCCUGAAGCCCCAGCGAGGGCGAGAGGUGGCAGGGCACCACGGUCGCGAAAUGUUAACUACCUCGCCUGCUAUGCAGGAGGUCGUGUGUUCGAUGCCAACUCUGACGCCUGCGUAUUUGCAUUCUGCGGUGUCUCUCUCUCCCCAUGGUCGCGUCGAUUUUUCUCCGGGUCCUCCGGUUUUCCCCCUCUCCACCUUUAGAAUCAACGACGUGCUUUUAGAGUAUUUGGCCGCAUUGAACGUCCUCGUGGUGAUGAUGAGCCCACUUGGUUGAGCUAUCAUUUGUGGUAGCCAGUGUCGCUUCUCACAAACAGCUAUGCAGCUCAGUCGGGCCUUGUACCUGGUUACAACAACAAGAGUUUAUAUCAUGGGACCUCCUUUGCCAGUACCAAAAUAUACUAAUAGGGUUUUUCCCCUUUUUGUGCGCCUUUUGGCGUCAUCUGGUCGAACACCAUAUGAGACUAGGCUCUAAAGAAAGCUGUCUCUGGUGUGGACCAAUCAGUUUCAAAGACAAUGCAUAAUCUUUCAGAGUAUUGUUUUUGUUUGCAUUUGACUGCAAGUAUUGUGGUUAAUGUAAGCAUGAUUCCUUGCAAAAGGUGUCAGUUUUGUUGCCAGAAAAAAGGGGAAAACCCCUAUUAGUAACAAGAGUUUAGUUUGUUUUAGGUGGGAUGCGGAGAAUCGGGCCACCCGUUGCUCGCGUAUUAAAGUUCACUUCUCCCUCCGGAUUAUAAGAUGCCCGGUUCAGUUGACGCACCUGAAAGUUUAAACAAAAAAGCACCCCACGUGUCAAUAAUGUGACAGAAAACUGGUCAAACUCUCACGCAAAACAACAAAAGAUCGCCCGUAUAGCCUUCACAGACUUCUGGGGUAAAGUGUCGUUUCGCUGGUAGCGCUUCGGAAGGCCGGCACGGCACACGAAGGGGGGGAGGGUGCCCAUCAACCAGGCCUUCAUCUCCUGAGUGGCGAUGUUUUUACAAACCGCGUCGGGUACUCAAUUGAGGCUGAGUCGACCGAGGGGAAGCCCAGCACUUGUUCAGAUAAUCCUCACUUGUUGUUGGUGGCCGCGAGCGCACCUUCCGGGCGACGGGUUUACGGGAGAGAGUGAAAGCGCGUCUUAUAAUUCGGAGAAUUUGAGUCAACUUUAAAGUCACGUCCCAUACAACAGCAACUCUGAAGGGUCGGGGUAGGGUACGCGAGACUAUGAACAUCAAACGAACUUGACACCGAUGCCUGGUCGCUACGCAGGAAUGAGUGACGGUGCGCGAUCGUCCCGUCGCUCAACGGAGCACUCCGCUUUGGCGCUCGCCCACCACGCUGCAAGUGGCACUGCCGACUUGACUCUAAGCCUCUAUAAUUGGCAGUCUGCUCUCCUUCACUCCAUCAUCAUCAUCGCCAAAUGAUCAAAUGGGUCACCUCGAGCUGGGUCAGCGUUCGUUGAGUCAUCGGUGAUCAAAGAAUCACUCGAGAGCUCAUGGCGAGAAACUCUGUUUGCCCGCAAACUGCUUUGUCCACAUCCGAGCGAGCAGUUGCAGCGAGUUAGACUAUUAACUGAACUGCACACUAAACUAGUUUGUAUUUGAGCAGGUAAGACCCCCGAAGCUAUGUAGCUCUUUUUCAGAAGCGACCUGGCGAUCACAAAUUAUAUCUCGACGAAGUGGAUUGUCAUUGUAUGGACAUUUAUAGCAGUAGAUGUUGAUUCUAAAUGUGGUGGGUAGUCCCCGGAGGGUCCUGGAGAAAAAUCCACGUGACCGCAGGAAGAGAGAGAGAGACACGCAAACUCCAAAUACACAGCAGCGGGCGCUCAGGGUCGGGAUCGAACCCACGACCUCCUGUACACCAGGCGAGGUAGUUAACAUCUCCUAGCCACCGUGAUGAUGAUGAGAGAGAGACUCAAACUCCAAAUAUACAGCAGCAGGCAUUAGGGUCUGGAUCGAACCCACGACCUCCCGUACACCAGGCGAGGUAGUUAACAUCUCCUAGCCACCGUGAUGAUGAUGAGAGAGAGACUCAAACUCCAAAUAUACAGCAGCAGGCAUUAGGGUCUGGAUCGAACCCACGACCUCCCGUAUACCAGGCGAGGUAGUUAACAUCUCCUAGCCACCGUGGCGCCCCACGAUGCCUAUCGCAGCGAGGUGUAGAACUCGUCGCUUCGAGAAACCCGAUCCCGGCGUCUGCUUGCGGAGGACGUCCCGGCGCCUUCAGGGAGAUUCAGUUGCGCGCGACUCGGUUGCACGCAACCCGAGUUGCACGCAACCCGGUUUGCGCGUCAAAUCGAUUGCUCAGGUGUGGGGCCGCGGCGGGUCACGUUGGCGUGGCAGUGCGAUAAGAGUGUCGCUACGAGAUUCAUUUAGAGAUUGAUAACGACUGCGAAGAAUUGAGAAAGAUACGGCAAUGUACUUUAAGCUUGUAAUGUGUGUGUGUCACGGUUCGUUUGAAAGUUGCAGGAGAUGUUUAUAUUCGUUUCGGCAACCGUACGAGGUCACGUGUCUGCCCGACUACCGUUGUAUCGAUUCGGCAGAGCGCCUGGCCACGUUGUUACCGUAUUCUCCCGAUCACAAGACGCUCCGGAAAGUAAGACGCACCCACGCAAAAAAAAAACGUUUGCCUCGGUGUCGAUAAAGUUAUCACACAUCACACAAGGACAAAGAUCCCCCGUGUAACCUGGACAGACUUUUUGGGCAAGUGCUGUUCGCGAGCACCUAUGAAAGCCGGCACGGUACACGAAGAGACAGAGUGACCAGCACCACGCCAGAACCUCUUUGUCUCCGAUGUUUACA